GACAGGUAAACACGGAAGUAACACAACUGGCUGCGAACAAACGAAAUUAUUUUUUGAUCAUUUGACCGUUAAAACAUAUAUUCAAUGCCAUGAUUUUGUCCAGAAAUACACAAAUAUUUAACUUAUUUAGUGAGGUCGUUAUUGAGCGUUGAAGUUUACAUGACAAUGUGUAGUAAAACGUCUGGAUAUGGAUAUCGGUCUCUUCCGCAACGAGAUUCGAUCAAUGCCAAACCUGGGUUGUUCGUGGCGACAGAAAGCUUUGUCCAAUCUCCAUUCUACCACCAUAAAGGACAAGGACAUUCGUUUGACUACAUCCCCAACGUUGGAGACAACGACUACAGUGACUCCACUCAGGGAUGGCUGUCCUGGAUCUGCAAUGUGAUAGUCUGCUUCAUGGUGUAUAUCUGCACCUUCCUAACCUUCCCCAUAUCAGGCUGGUUCGUACUGAAGGUUGUCCCUAACUACCAGCGUAUCGUAGUGUUUCGUCUGGGCAGAGUGCGUCCUCCUAAAGGUCCAGGAGUGGUGUUGGUUCUGCCUCUUAUUGACCAGUGGCAGAGAGUUGACCUACGUACCCGGGCCUUCAACAUCCCACCAUGCCAGGUUACUACCAAGGAUGGAGGUAUGGUGUCUGUAGGAGCAGAUAUCCAGUUCCGCAUCUGGAGCCCGGUGAUGUCAGUGGUGUCGGUUCAGGAUCUUAAUGCCUCCACGCGCCUCACUGCCCACAAUGCCAUGACAACCAGCCUGGGCAGGAAGAGCGUCAGGGAGAUUCAGACUGAGAGAAUCAAACUGGGAGAACACCUUGGGAUGGACAUCAAUGAGAUGACCAAGCCGUGGGGUCUGGAGGUAGACAGAGUGGAGCUGACUGUAGGUGCUGUCCUGAAGCCCCCACAGGACUCUCCAUCUGGGCUUGGCUCUGUCAUCCUACCCCCCUCUAUCCCUGGUCUCGAGGGCCUGGCCGGACCCAUACAACAGCUGGCUAUGCACUUCCUGGGCAACAUGGCUGGCAGUAACAAUGAAGCUCCCCUGGUUAGGACAGAGGACAGCAUCAGCUUCUCAGAUGAGGUGAGCAGUACUCCCCGGGCUAUAAGUUGUACUGAAGCCGGGGACGGAGCUGUAGCUGUAACCAGGCCCACGCCGGUGCUGGAACUGCUGAAAGAGCUUCUCCUCUCAGAGUCUCUGGUCAGUCAGGUGGGAGCCUGCUUCCUGUUCCUCCUCCAAUCACCUGACGGACAACAGACAAGCUAUUACGUAGACCUCAGCCAAGGCAGUGGUUCAGCCGGACCAGGACCCCCUCCGGAGGGCCAGGUACCAGACGUCACCCUCAGUAUGACGGACCAGGACCUGCUGGCUAUGUUCAAGGGAACCCUGCGACCCUUCGCAGCCUACACCACUGGACGACUCAAGGUCCAGGGAGACCUGAAGACUGCCAUGAAGCUGGAGGAACUCAUUAAACUACUCAGGCCUUAACCAGAGCCAUAUAUUGAUACAUGUAAAUACACGGUUCUGGCCUUAACCAGAGCCAUAUAUUGAUACAUGUAAAUACAUGGUUCUGGCCUUAACCAGAGCCGUAUAUUGAUACAUGUAAAUACAUGGUUCUGGCCUUAACCAGAGCCGUAUAUUGAUACAUGUAAAUACAUGGUUCUGGCCUUAACCAGAGCCGUAUAUUGAUACAUGUAAAUACAUGGUUCUGGCCUUAACCAGAGCCGUAUAUUGAUACAUGUAAAUACAUGGUUCUGGCCUUAACCAGGUCCUAGAUAGGGAGCAAAUAUGAUUUCUGCACUUUUAUCUCUAUGAGUGAUCAAACAUCUGAAUACAUAUAGUUCACAUAUACCAUCUCUUUGAUGUUGUGGUUUAAUACCUGCCACUAAGAAGCUUGAGGAUUGAUCAAUACUAGUUUCAUUGUAGCCGUUUAUGUAGCUUAUCAAUACCUUACGGAGUCAAUAUGAGACAAAUAUGUAAAGACCAUCUCAAUAUCACGUGUUGUGGACAAUACUUAAGAUAUGAAUACAUUAACAUGUGUGACAUGGAAUUGUGCAGCCAGCCAAAAUAAUUAAGGUGUUUUCUUAUUUGAAAAAGAAUAACGCCAACAUCUGUUUUUUACAUGAAACUCGCCUAUCAGCAAUAAAAUGCGAAAGGUUUGGGCAAGCUUGGGAUGGGUUGGCAUUCUCCUCCACCUAGAUCCACUAUCAAUUCUCAUGGAUUAAAAAAGUCCCAUUACAGAAAUUACUACAGACCCAAAUGGAGAUUUUAUAAUGGUAAAAGGAAACCAUGCACAAGAAAAAGUUACUUUACUGAAUUAUUCCCCAAAUGAAGACGACCCAAAGUUAAUGACCUUUAUACUAAAACGAUCUCAAUGUAAAGACAAUAUGAUAUUGGGGGGAGGGGGGGUUGGAUUUGAACUGUGUGGAAUGCAUCAACUAAAAUAUAUACUCUUCCUAGCAUGUCUAAGGUAUUAGAGAGAUGGUAAAUGUGAACUGUAUCUAUUCAUUAAACCGCAACAUCAAAGAGAUGGUAUAUGUGAACUGUAUCUAUUCAUUAAACCGCAACAUGAAAGAGAUGGUAUAUGUGAACUGUAUCUAUUCAUUAAACCGCAACAUCAAAAAGAUGGUAUAUGUGAACUGUAUCUAUUCAUUAAACCACAACAUCAAAGAGAUGGUAUAUGUGAACUGUAUCUAUUCAUUAAACCGCAACAUCAAAGAGAUGGUAUAUGUGACCUGUAUGUAUUCAUUAAACCACAACAUCAAAGAGAUGGUAUAUGUGACCUGUAUGUAUUCAUUAAACCACAACAUCAAAGAGAUGGUAUAUGUGACCUGUAUGUAUUCAUUAAACCACAACAUCAAAGAGAUGGUAUAUGUGAACUGUAUGUAUUCAUUAAACUGUGGAGACAGAAACA